CCUCAGGCGUUCUUCAUUUACAUUAUGAAACAGAUGUCUGGCUGCAUUGUCCUGGACAGCACUGUCACCUGGCUGUGCUGGACCUGCUUUUCCCUAGGAAAAACAUCAGAGGAAAACAAUGUCAGGUGUAAGAUGUCCAACCUUAGAGGAGACAGUGUUUGCCUUUGUAAUAGUCAAACCCAACCCCAUAAAGCUAUCAGGAUUCUUUGCUAGGAAUUGUGUUCCUAUGAAACAAGAGAAGAUACUACAGAACUGCCAGCAUAAAGACAAACUCUGACAUCUGUAAGAGCCUGAAUUUUCUCUGUUGACUCAGAGGUGACUGUAAUGGCCCAUGUGAUAGUUCAGUUCUGCUCAGCAACCAGCUGUGCUGUUGUACUAUAUGCAUCACAAAUGGUAAACAGAAGUAAUGUGGAGCAAGGGCUCCCUUCCACCACAAAUAAAUAAAAAGGAGAUUUGGGUACCUUCUGUCCCUGCAGUUUUAAGGAGGCUUUCCUGAUAAUUUUCAAAUUUCUUUUUCAUAAAGGGCAUUCUCAAAGAAAGAAGAUAGAAGAUGAGUAGCAGCACAUUAACACAGACAAGGGGUACCUUGAGCCUUGUUCUGACAAAUGGAGAAACCAUAUGGGAGAAGUUUUCCCCACACACAAUUUGGCCUGAGGGUAUCAUCUUGUUGGGUCUUGAAAACUUCCAGAGAUGGAGAUUUCACAGCUUCUCUGGGCAUCCUGUUCCUUUGUCUUUAUUGAAUUUCGUGAUGUUCCUUAGCAUGUUCUUCCAGCCUGCCUAUGUCCAGAGACUCCACUUGUAACCAAAGCCCAGGGUGGGGAUAACUUGCUGGAUUCUCCUGCCAGUGGCAAAUUCUAUGCUCUCUAGCACAAAGAGCAAACAAAGAACGUGGCAAAGGCACAGAGCAGGGCAGAUAACCAUAACUACAGCAGCUGCCACACCUCCAGAGGCACCCAGGAAAUUGUUACCAGCAUGCAGCAACCCUGCCAACACAACAGGAAGCAAAAAAUUCUCUCUACGAUGCUUUUCUAGCAGCAAUCUUAUAAACUCUUCCCUUUUUCCUUCAAGCAAGAUUCCACAUAGAAUGUCUUCCUUUGCAAUUUGAUUAUGCCAACAUAAAGGUAGUGGUGACAAAGGGUGAGUAAGGCUCUAAAUGCUGCAUCUGCAUACCAUGAAAAUCCCUCAUGCACUGGUCUCUGAUGCACAUACCCAACCUUCUCUACAUACCCAAGCUUCUCCUUCCCCUAUUUUUAAUGGAGUCUUGUCCUGUAUAAUUGUGUACAUCUGUGCAUUUGUCUAUCAACAAGAUUUAGAAAGGACUGUGUGUUGGUUUUGCAUGGUCUGGUUUUGGUAGUGGCAGGGGCAGAGGUGCCUUCUUCUUCUGUGAGAAGCUGCUGGAAGCUUCUGCUGUGUCCAGCAGAGCCAAUCCCUGAUGCCUCUGAAGAUGGACAUGCCCCUGGCCAAGGCUGGGCCAAUUAGAGACUCUGGUAAUGCCUGUGAUAACAUCUUUAAGAAGAAAACCAACACAAAGUGGGCAGAGUUCCUAGCCAGAGAAGAGAGGGAAGUGAGAAUGUGCGAGGGGAAACUACAUGGAGACACCAAGGUCAGUAAAGAAGUGGGGGGGAGGAGGUUCUCCAGGCACUGGAACCGAGAUUCCUCUGCAGCCUGUGGUGAGACCAUGGUGAGGCAGCUCACCAGGGCAGCUGCCCUGCAGCUCCUGGGAUCCAGGGGGAUGCAGAGAUCCACCCACAGCCCAUGGGGAUCCAUGGGGAUGCAGAGAUCCACCCACAGCCCAUGGAUCCAUGGGGAUACAGAGAUCCACCCACAGCCCAUGGGAUCCAGGGGGAUGCAGAGAUCCACCCACAGCCCAUGGGCAUCCAGGGGGAUGCAGAGAUCCACCCACAGCCUACGGGGAUCCAGGGGGAUGCAGAGAUCCACCCACAGCCCAUGGGGAUCCAUGGGGGAUGCAGAGAUCCACCCACAGCCCAUGGAGGAGGUGUCCACACCAGAGCAGGUGGAUGCCUGGAGGAGCUGUGAUCCAGUGGGAGACCCAGUGAAGAGAGGGGGUCCUGAUUCCAGGCUGGAGCAGCCUGUCCUUGGAGGACUGCACCCCAUGGAAAGAGAGACCCACACUGCAGCAGUUUUGGGAGGACUGUGUGCCCAUGGGAGAGGCUCACAUGCUGCUGCUCAUGACAUUCUAGCCACACUGGAGAAGGUCACAGAGAGCUGUCUCCCGUGGGAAGGAACCCCACAGUCUCACAGGGGAAGGACUCCUCUUCCUGAGCAGCAGAAGAGCUUGGGUGGCAAACUGACCAAACCUCUAUAUUCUGUCUCCCUGCACUACUGGUGAGAAGAAAGCAAGGACUGGGGGAAGAAAUGUGUUUUAGUGGUUUAUUUUAUUUCUCAUUAUCUUUCUCUGACUCUGUUAGUAAUAAAUUCACUUUGUCCUUCUAAGUUGAGCCUGUUUUGCCCUUGGAGUCUUUUAUCUCGGUCCUUAUCUCAACUCAUGAACCCUUUGUUAAUUUUUUUUUUCUCUCCUCUGCCCGGCUGUGACAGGGGAGGAUGAGGGAAUGACUCUCCUGGUGUUUGGCCAGUGUCAAACCACAACAGGUUGUUAUUGUGAUGAAGUGCCCAGAGGUAGCUCCAGUUUCAAAUACAUUAUGGCCACACUAAGAGGGGAUCAGGACAACAGAGAGGAGAAGAAGAGAAGUGCAUUAAUCUUUAACUGACUGACAGUGGAAUCAAUCAGUUACAAACCAGUACAUGCAUCAAAGCCCAGAGAAGAACCGCCUGAUAAUUUUGAAUUCUCCUCCAAAAGAGAAGUUUUCCAGAAAAGAAGAAAAAUACAGAAAUCUGUCGACUCACUGCAUCCUCCUGCCAGUGGCAAAUUCCAUGCUCUCUAGGAGAAAGAGCAAACAAAGCUUGUGGCAAAGGCACAAGGGCAGGGCAGAUAACCAUAACUACAGCAGCUGCCACACCUCAGCCCGUCUGUAACUUUGGAUCUGAGCCACUGUGUUCCUGAGCAGCACUGGAGGCACUGACAGCCCAUUUUCCCUCAGGUCCUUUAGUACUUUAGGAUGUUUGUGGAUUGGAAAUCUAAAAGUUCACUUGAAUUUUUAAAUGGACUUGAACAGGAGUCAAUGCCUGAAAAAAGGAAAAGGAUUAAAAAUUCCAGCGUAUAGAAGCCAAAGGAUAUGUUUGUAGCCAAGGUUAAACAGGAAUGUGAA